AAAGAAGUCCCCACGAGCCUCCGGUGCUGGACUGUACGUACAGCCCGUGCAGCAGCUACGUUGCUUUUGUGCAGGGCCGAGACAUCCAUUUGCUGCUGCUCAACGCUGCUGCUGCUGCUGCACCUGCUGCUCCCCUUGCUGCAUCGCCCGCAGCUGCAGCAGCGGCACUCAGCAAAACCGCUAAGAAGAAAACCCCUCAGAAGAAGACGCCGAGCAGCAGCAACGGCGCUGCCCCCAGCGCUGCCGCUGCCACCCCCAGCAGCAGCAGCAGCAGCAGCAGCAGCAGCAGCAGGAAAAUGAACGGCAUCCGCUGUCGGCUAACCGCGUCGCCCCCAGACUACACGAGCGGCCUGGCUGAGUAUGUGGCCCAAGAAGAAAUGAAUCGUAUGGAGGGAUACUGGUGGUCGCCAGAUAGUCGGUUUCUGGCAUUUGUGGAAUUCACAGAGGCCCAUGUGCCUCCAGUGAGGCUGCAGCGAGUGCUGCAGCCGCCGCAGAAGCCCCCACCGCAGCAGCAGCAGCAGCAGCAGCAGCAGCUGCAACUGCAGCGGCACCUGCAGCAGCACGACGUGCGCCUGCGGACAGUCUUAGAGGUCGACGAAAGCUGCGGCGCCAGUGCAGGCGGCGUCUCUGAGUUCUUGCAGCAGCAGCAGCAGCAGCAAGAGGGGCAGCAGCAGCAGGAGCUGCAGCAACACCCGCAGAAGCAGCAGCAGCAGCAGCAGCAGGAACAGCAGCAAAAAAAGAGACGCCUACCUUCUCCGUCCAAUGGCUGCAAGCGCGAACAUCUCGGAUCGUCCACGCUGCUGCGCAGCAGCAGCAACAGCACCACAAACAGCAGCAGCAACGGCAGCAGCAGCAGCAGUGACAACGGCAAGAGCUUCCUUAUAACAGAAGAGCACCGCUUUCCUUUCGCCGGGCAGCAGAACGUCAAAGUUCGCAUCGGCAUUGCCCAAGUCCCCAGCGUUGCUUCUUUCUUGGCAGCAGCAGCAGACACUGCGAAGACAAACAGAGCAGCACCAGCAGCAGACGGUGUGGUGGAGGUUCCUUGCUGCAGUCGUUGCCGGACUCGCUGCUGCUGCAGCAGCAGCAGCAGCAGCCCUGCAGCGGCGCCCAAGGGCAGGGCCGCCUCCCCCGCCGUGCGCUCGGUGUCUCCCAUAGCCGGCAGCAGCAACAGCAGCAGCAGCAGCAGCAGCGGCAGCAGCAGCAAAGUGUGCAGCGGGGUUAGAUUUGUCAAGCUGCCUGUGGCAGAUUGGAAAGAGGACUUCUACAUUGGGCGCGCGCAG